GGCCAUUCUUAUCAACAACUCGACCAGCUUACUAAGGAAUCCACAAUAUCUUCUCUUACUAUAACAGCUCUUCUUCAUGCUACUCCUACACCAUCAUUUUAUACUCAACUAUCUGCCGUUGUUAAUCAAUCCUCUCCACCUACUGUUAUUUGGUUAGUAUGUUCACAACAAGAUCAAGUCAUUCUUCGACAGCAUACACAAGCAAUGACAGAUCAGAACAAGAGCGAAGCAUGGAUGGCGUUCGCUUUACAAACCGAUACUGAUUAUGUUUGGAUACUGGAUGAUAUCGAACACCCUGCUCCUGGACAACAUUAUUUGGAACGACUUUUGAAACUUUCAACAACCUCAGCCUAUCGAAAUACAUUAUUGGGUACUCAAGCUCUGGAUAGGGAUACUAAACAGCAACAGCAGUGUGUUGAAACGAGUGACAAUGACUUUCUUUCUCGAUCUGUCAAUACCAUUAGCGGGUUAUGGUUACUUCAUCGAUCAUGGCUUACACCUCAUCUUUUCCGCCAUCCUACAUUUUCUUCAGCGAAAAAUAUCAAUCGUGGAUUCUUAUUUUCUCAAUAUCUCCAUUCUGUCGGUAUUACACCUGUUGCUUUGCCCUUAACAUUGAAAGAUAGUUCAGUAUGGCAUCAUUCCUCCUCUCCUUCGUGUCCUACCACUGUCACUUUACCUUCUUCUUCUUCUUCUUCUUCUACUACUACUACUAUUGGGUCCUCCUCUGUGGUCUUCUUGAUCGAUCAUUUGGAACAAUUACAAGAAUUGGCGUCACUGAUAUGCCAUCGACGAAAUAAUAACAACACUAUGGACGACACACGAUAUGUUCAAAAGAGACAUGUGUUGACAUUAUCUACCAGUUCAACCUUGACAACUUCCAUGGUAGAAAAUCAACUUUUACAAUACGAUCCUUCCUACCCUAUUUACAAAAGCUUGGCUUCGAUGACAUCGCUCACAGUCAUUGGAUUACCAGCAAGAGAUAUUCAAUAUGUUCAAUGGAUGAUGGAUUUACCCAUGAUAGCUUUGGAAAGUUGGAACAAAUUCCAGAUACAAUUGACGGUGAUCACAGAUAGAAACCCUUCAGGAUUGACCAGAUUAUUACGUUCUAUCACACGGGCACAUUACAUGGGAGAUAAGGUGGAUUUGACGGUAAUUAUGGAUCAAAGCAGCGAUCGUGUAACUCAACAUUUAGUCAAUGGAUUCUCUUGGGAAGCUCAUGGUGAAAAACAGAUCCGGCAUCGUAUUGUCAAAAUGAAUCGAAUGCCUGUGUUUGUGGAAUCUUGGUACCCCAAAGAUAGUUAUGACGAUUAUUGUAUUAUCCUUGAUGAUGAUUUGGAUGUGUCGGAUCUAUUCUAUAUCUAUGCCAAACAACUCCUUUUACGAUAUCGAUAUGGUACGACUUCUUCUUCUUCUACUACUAGAUUGUCUGAUUCAGUGAUGGGGAUUAGUCUAUAUACACCAAGGCUGAUUGAUUCGUAUGAAGAUGGUCGUCGAUUAUUUGAUCCUCCCUCAACCAUCACACAUCCUUAUCUAAUGCAAGCAGUGACAAAUGGUGGUACACUCUUUUUCCCCGAACAUUGGCGUGAAUUCCAUGAUUAUCUGACCGCUCGAUAUGCAGACAUCAAGAAGAAACAAUUACAAACUAUACAUGUGCCUGGAGCACGAUCUGGCAAUUGGACUAAUUCUUGGCGACGCUAUAUGGACGAAAUGAUGUAUCUCAGAGGGUAUGUGGUACUAUAUCCUUCGAUGCCUCAAGGUAAUAGUUUCAGUACUCUUUAUCUUGAUCUGAAGCACCAUCAUCCUACUGUUGAUACCAACGAGAACAAUGAUGACGAUCUUUAUACAAUGGACGAAUCAAUUCGAUCAUUAUUCCAGACUCCUUUAGUAUCAGCAACAAAACAUCAAUCAUCAUCAUUAUCCAGUCUUGAUUGGACUCAUUCUUUACCAUCUGAUGUGGAAUCAUUAUCACUUUUUGAUCUUUGGGGUACGCCAGUGACUUCUCAUUCGAUUCUUUUGGAACGUGGUUGGCUUCUUCAAAAAAGUGUAUCAGCGUGUCCUCCAUCCUCUUAUCUUGUCUAUGAUCCUGCUGAUUUAUUAUGUCCUUUUGCCCGUAUUGUCGAUAUCCCUGUAGAUGAGAUGACCACCAGUGUUUUACCUACUCGUAUAGCUACCCUUUAUCUUACCAAUCCUACUCCUUCAUACUAG